AGGAGGGAGGAAGCCGAAAACCUCAACUCUCACACUCUUAUUACUCUCCCGCACUCUAGGGUUUACAGAAUCAGAAAACGAAAGAGGGUUUUAGCGAACGAUCAUGGCAUCUGCUAGGGUUUUCGGAGCGAUCGCCGGGAGAGCGUUCAUGGCCGCGGCGUCGAAGAGUUCGGCCAAGAAGAAACCCGUUCCGUCCGGCGGAGCCGCUGCAAAAGCCGCCGUGAAAAAGCCGGCCGCGCCUAGGACCACCAACUCCGGCAUACAGAAGGUGGUUCCGGUGUCUUCCGAGCUCGGAGACUUCCUCGGCGCUCCUCAAGUGUCGCGAACCGACGCCGUCAAGAAAGUCUGGGCCUACAUCAAGCUGCAGAAUCUUCAGAAUCCAGCAAAUAAGAAGGAGAUCUUUUGUGAUGAAAAGCUGAAGACCAUUUUUGAGGGGAAAGAUAAGGUUGGGUUCACAGAGAUUGCUAAAUUGCUGUCUAGCCAUUUUGUGAAAUCUGGCUGAUAUUCACAGCUUUGAUGGUACUGUUAAUGAUUAUAACUUGUUCUAGUACAUUAAAUAGGUCAUUUUGUCUUCAAGUACGUGGUCUGUGACCAAACCGGUAAGAGACAUGGAAAUUUGUGGUAUCAGACUUAGGGUUUUUUGAAAGUGGUGUUAUUUUGUCAAAAAAGAAGAAAGUGGUGUUAUUUGCUCCACUGUCUUGUUUCACAUUUUUAGGGUUUUAGUAUAUAUGGAUGAUAUUUCCAAGCCUGUGUUCAUCAUCACCAUGGUUAUUCAGCUAUUCAUGAUUUUACAUUACACGAUUU